CUGAUUACUAUUAAUUUUUCACUUACGAGGCUAAUUUAGUUCAACUUGAGAUGUUUUCCAUUCUGACCUCACUGAUUAAUUGAAUCCUCGAUAAACGUACGUCACAGAUAAACAGGCCCUUUACUGACCAACUACUUCUCCUGUAAAUUAAAAGGUAGGCUACUUUCGAUGGUUUUUCGCCCUGAUUCAAGGAUGUAAACCAAGGUACACUGAGCAUGUAAGAGUGAAUUUGAUUGGCAAAGAAGAUGUCUUCUGGAGUGGUAGUAGACCAAACCGUCAUCGAAGCUUUCAAUGACAUCAAGCUGAAGAAAAGGCAUGCAUAUGUGGUAAUGAUGAUCAAAGACAAAAAGAAGAUCGUUGUGGAAAGCUUGGGAGACAAACUUCCUCUUAACUGCUCUCAAUCCCGUAAUGAGGAUAUAUUCAAGGGCAUGAAAAAGGCUUUUGGCAACGAACCUCGUUACAUACUUUUUGACUUCUGUUUCACCAGACCGAAUCAAACAACAGCACAGAAGUUAGCAUUUAUCAGUUGGUGUACUGAUGAAGUUCCAAUCGGCAAAAAGAUGAUUUACGCCAGUUCAAAAGAUGCGUUGAAGAAAUGCUUCACUGGACUGAAUACCGAGUUCCAGUGUACAGACCCAGCUGAGUUUCAACACUCAGAACUGGUGAAAGAAAUGGUACAAAAAGACAGGGUGUAAACCUGAUAACACUUCGAUGAGUCACUUCUGAACCCGUACCAAUUCGGCUUUUGAUGGAAAAUCUCUUUGCUGUAAAUUUGAGACAUUUAUUAACAGUUUAGAGACCUUGUUUUAGAAGAAGUACCUUAACUCUGAAAUUACUACUCGUACAUCGUUGAAAUAUUGCUUCUGUUUUCAUUUUUAACAAAACCCACUUAGCUCAUAUGACCGAUCAUCCUUUUGCGUGAUCUGUAAAACAUUAAAUCAACACUACUCUGUUAAAAAAAAAAUCGGUGUGUUGUUUGUUACUACAGCUCUGAAAAACUGUCAGUAAAAGGUGUUACAUGA